CUCCCCUCCGGGGCGUGUGGGACUCGGUCCGUCGGCCCAGGGCAAAGCGCAGCGCGGGUCGGCGCUGUCCGAGGCGAGCGAGCGGAGUUGCCGGAGGAAGGACCCAGAGCUGCGGCGGGGCAGCGACCGCGUGGUGGCGGCUGAGCGGUCGGCAGGCCUGCAGCUGGCGGAGGCGGUCUCGGGGGCGUGUGGCUCUGAGGGGCCGGGAGGGCGCGGGCGGGGCCGGCGCGCGGAGCAGCGGCCUCAGCCGGGCGGCGGUGUGGGAGCCCGGCCCGUGGCGGCCGAGUCUCCCGGGAGAUGCUGUGACGACCCGCGCGGGAGGAGCUCGCGCCCGGCCUGGCGACCCGGCGACUCGGCCCGCGGCGGCGCGGUCACCGCCCUUCCCAGUGGAAGUAUGCAAAACCUAAGAGCUCAAGUGACUAGUGGUCUCCUACCGUUUCCAGAAGUGACUGUUCAAGCACUUGGCGAAGACGAAAUAACAUUAGAAUCUGUGCUUCGUGGCAAGUUUGCUGCAGGGAAAAAUGGACUUGCUUGCUUGGCUUGUGGGCCACAACUGGAGGUAGUAAACUCUAUGACAGGAGAGCGGUUGUCUGCCUACAGAUUCAGCGGAGUCGGCGAACAGCCCCCUGUAGUCUUAGCUGUGAAAGAAUUCUCUUGGCAGAAGAGAACUGGAUUUUUAAUAGGACUGGAAGAAACAGAAGGGAGUGUUCUGUGUCUUUAUGACCUUGGAAUAUCAAAAGUAGUUAAAGCAGUUGUUCUUCCUGGAAGGGUAACAGCUAUCGAACCUAUAAUUAAUCAUGGAGGAGCCAGUGCAAGUACUCAGCAUUUACAUCCAAGUCUGCGAUGGCUUUUUGGAGUGGCAGCUGUGGUAACUGACGUUGGACAGAUCCUUCUUAUUGACCUAUGUUUGGAUGACUUGUCAUACAAUCAAAAUGAAGUCGACGCAUCAGAUCUUGAAGUUCUAACUGGUGUCCCAGCUGAAGUACCGCACAUUAGAGACAGUGUGAUGAGAGAAGGGCGCCAUCUGUGUUUCCAGUUAGUAAGUCCGACAGGAACAGCCAUUUCAACUCUUAGCUACAUCAGCAGGACCAACCAGCUUGCUGUAGGUUUCUCUGAUGGUUAUCUAGCACUCUGGAACAUGAAAAGCAUGAAAAGAGAAUAUUACAUACAGUUGGAAAGUGGAAGAGUUCCUGUAUAUGCUGUCACUUUUCAGGAACCCGAGAAUGAUCCUCGUAAUUGCUGUUAUUUGUGGGCUGUUCAGUCUACACAAGAUAGUGAAGGGGAUGUUUUGAGUUUGCAUCUGCUGCAACUGGCCUUUGGUGAUAGAAAGUGUUUGGCAUCAGGACAAAUCUUAUAUGAGGGGUUAGAGUACUGUGAAGAAAGAUACACUCUGGACCUGACAGGUGGCAUGUUUCCUUUGAGGGGACAGACGAGUAAUACCAAAUUGUUGGGAUGCCAGAGUAUAGAGAAAUUUCGAUCUCACGGUGACAGGGAGGAAGGCAUGAAUGAAGCUCUGUCUCCUGACACUAGUGUUUCAGUCUUUACCUGGCAGGUGAAUAUAUAUGGACAGGGAAGGCCUUCUAUAUAUUUGGGGCUUUUCGAUAUAAAUCGUUGGUAUCAUGCACAAAUGCCAGAUUCGUUAAGGUCAGGAGAACAUCUACAUAAUUGCUCUUAUUUUGCACUGUGGUCAUUGGAGUCUGUUGUAAGUCGAACUUCUCCACAUGACAUCUUGGAUAUAUUAGUACAUGAGAGAAGUUUAAAUCGAGGAUUCCCUCCUUCAUAUCCACCUCCUGAGCAGUUUUUUAAUCCAAGUACUUAUAAUUUUGAAGCCACUUGUUUGUUAAACUCAGGAGUUCUUCAUGUAACUUGUACUGGCUUUCAGAAGGAGGAAGAACAGUUAGAAGCUAUAUUGUCGGCAGCAAUUCAGACUAGUUCCCUGGGACUUUUGACUGGUUAUAUCAGAAGAUGGAUAACAGAAGAACAACCAAACUCUGCUGCUAAUUUGCGCUUUGUUCUUGAAUGGACGUGGAAUAAAGUGGUUCUCACAAAAGAGGAGUUUGACAGACUAUGUGUGCCAUUAUUUGAUGGUUCGCGUCAUUUCAUGGAUCCACAGACUAUACAGUCUAUCCAGCAAUGUUAUGUGCUUCUUAGCAAUCUUAAUAUAGUCUUGAACUGUUUUGCAUCAGAAGCCCGAGAGAUCACUGAGAGAGGACUGAUAGACUUAAGCAAUAAGUUUGUGGUUUCCCACCUCAUCUGUCAGUAUGCACAAGUGCUGCUUUGGUUCUCUCAUUCUGGGCUUUUACCAGAAGGCAUAGAUGAUGCUGUGCAGUUGUCAAGGUUAUGCUACAACUACCCCGUCAUUCAGAACUACUACACCAGUCGGCGACAGAAGUUUGAGCGUUUAUCAAGAGGGAAGUGGAACCCUGAUUGCUUGAUGAUCGAUGGACUGGUUUCUCAGUUAGGAGAGCGAAUUGAGAAGUUGUGGAAACGAGAUGGAGGAGGCACAGGAAGAUACCCUCCUCCUAGUCUACAUGCACUACUUGAUAUGUACCUGUUAGACGGCAUUACUGAAGCAGCCAAACAUUCUAUUGCCAUUUAUUUUCUACUUGAUAUUAUGUAUUCCUUUCCCAACAAAACGGAUACUUCAAUUGAAUCUUUCCCAACUGUAUUUGCCAUUUCUUGGGGCCAAGUUAAACUUAUUCAGGGGUUUUGGUUAAUAGAUCAUAAUGACUAUGAGAGUGGCUUGGAUCUUUUGUUUCAUCCAGCUACUGCGAAACCUUUGUCAUGGCAACACUCAAAGAUUAUUCAGGCAUUCAUGAGUCAGGGCGAGCACAGACGAGCCCUCAGGUACAUUCAGACAAUGAAGCCAGCGGUGUGCAGUGGUAGUGAUGUUACCCUUCACCUUACUGUUUUGCUUUUUAAUAGGUGCAUGGUUGAGGCGUGGAGUUUUCUGCGGCAACAUUGUAAUAGGCUGAAUAUAGAGGAGUUACUAAAGCACAUGUAUGAAGUCUGUCAGGAAAUGGGCUUAAUGGAAGAUUUACUGAAGUUACCAUUUACAGACACUGAGCAGGAAUGUUUAGUGAAAUUUUUGCAGUCCAGUGCCAGUGUUCAGAAUCAUGAAUUCCUUUUAGUUCACCAUUUGCAGCGUGCCAAUUAUGUGCCUGCCUUGAAGCUGAACCAAACUCUGAAGAUUAAUGUUAUGAAUGAUCGUGAUCCUCGUUUGCGGGAGAGAUCACUGGCUCGAAAUUCUAUAUUAGACCAGUAUGGAAAAAUCCUUCCUAGAGUCCAUCGAAAAUUAGCCAUUGAACGAGCUAAGCCUUAUCAUCUGUCAACAUCAUCAGUUUUUCGAUUAGUUUCUAGGCCCAAACCAUUAUCAGCAGUUCCAAAGCAAGUUGUAACAGGAACUGUGUUGACAAGAUCUGUUUUCAUCAACAAUGUGUUAUCUAAAAUUGGAGAAGUUUGGGCAAGCAAAGAACCUAUAAAUAGCAUCACACCUUCCGUUAGUUCUAAAAUAGAAGAAGCAUCUCCUAUAGUGUAUUCACUCCCAGCUCCAGGGCUGCCUGAGGCAUUUUUUGGAACACCAAUUUCAAAAGCGUCACAGAAAAUUUCUAGACUGCUGGAUUUGGUUGUUCAGCCUGUCCCCCAACCUUCUCAGUGUUCAGAGUUUAUUCAGCAAAGCUCCAUGAGAUCUCCUUUGUACCUCGUAUCCCGUUCACUGCCUUCAAGUUCGCAAUUAAAAGGAUCACCUCAGACCAUCUCCAGAGUUUCAGAAUUACGUUUGCUUGAAACUCCUCUUGUUGUUAAAAAAGCUAAAAGUUUGGCCAUGUCAGUUACUUCUUCUGGAUUUUCUGAGUUCACUCCUCAGUCCAUCCUGAGAUCUGCUCUUCGAUCAACACCUUUAGUAUCUCCCUCUCCAUCACCUGGAAGGUCUCCUCAACGACUUAAAGAAACUAGAAUUUCAUUUGUGGAGGAAGACGUGAACCCAAAAUGGAUUCCUGGAGCUGCAGAUGAUAGCAAAGCAGAAACCGAAUGGCUGAAGAGCAAAGAUAGGGUGACAUCUUUUAUCCUCAGUAGCCCUGAAAGGGACCAUCAAGAAAUGAAUGUGGGGUCACAAAGGUUAGAGAAACUGGAUAUGAGCAAAGAAAACAGCAGCGUGGAGACUACCUUAGAGUAUCAGGAUGCACCAUCACCAGAAGACCUUGAACAUACUGUUUUCAUGGGCUCUAAGCCAAAAAGCUGUUCCACUGAACCUAAGGUAACUGAACAAAUUGAAAAGGCUGGAGAUAAAGAUGUACUUGAGUCAAAAGUAACUCCUUCAGACCUGGAGAAACAAAUGGGCAAUUUGGAAGGUACGGAAACAAAAGAUCUCUCAGUUGCAGAGGAGGCAUUUUCAGAAUUGAAUCACUUAAGCCCCAUUCAAAGUUCUGUACCGUCAAUCCAUGAAGGGAAAAUCUUCACUGAGAAGUCCAAGGCACCAGUGUUGGACGAAGGAUUAACAUCUGUUGAAACCUGUACCUCUGCAAUUAGAGCAAUUGACGAUAAAUCUGUGGCUGAUGUCCUUGGUGAUAGUGGCAACUCUGAAGGUCCUAUUAUCUCUGAGCCUAGGCUUAACCAGGAAGUAGCGUUGAACUUAAAAGCAGAUCGUGAAGUAGAAGUUGAUGGACUAGAAGAAUGUGUUGACUUCCCAGAAGAAAAGCUUCCAAUUUCUGACAGCCCUCCUGAUACUCAAGAAGUUCAUGUGAUUGAACAAGAAAAGCUUGAAGCUCAAGAUUCAGGAGAAGAGGCUAGGAAUCUUUCAUUUAAUGAGUUAUAUCCCUCUGGAACACUUAAGCUUCAUUAUAAUUUUGAUACUAUUGACCAGCAGUUUUGUGACUUAGCUGAUAAUAAAGACACUGCUGAGUGUGACAUUGCCGAAGUAGAUGGGGAACUUUUUGUGGCUCAGAGCAACUUUACCUUGAUAUUGGAAGGUGAAGAAGGAGAAGUUGAGCCAGGUGAUUUUGCAUCACCUGAUGUGUUACCUAAAGCAGCUAACACCGCACCUGAGGAAAAACCUGUAUACAGUGGGGAAAAUGAUAAUCAUGGACAAGUUGCAGAUUUGCCAUCUGUCAUGACUAGUGACCAAAAGACCCAAAAAGUAGAGACUUUACCAUAUGUGCCUGAACCAAUUAAAGUAGCAAUUGCAGAAAAUUUACUAGAUGUAAUUAAAGACACAAGAAGUAAAGAAAUGACUUCAGAUAUGGUGGAGCAGUCCAGUCAUGAAACGAUACCUUUAGUAAGCCAGAAGGUAAUGUGUCCCACUAAGGUCGUCAAAUCUGCAUUUAAGACUGCUCAGGAAACAAGCACAAUGACUAUAAAUGUCAGCCAGGUUGAUGACAUGGUUUCCUCCAAAACUCGAACGAGAGGACAGCGGAUCCGAAACACAAAUAUCCAGUCAGCACAACAGGAAGCAUCAGCAGGCGUUGCUCCUCCUAAGAGGUCAGGGCAGUCAGUUAGGAAGAAAACUAGGAAGGCAGAAGAAAUUUCUGAAGCUUCUGAAAACACCUAUUCUGAUGUUAAAGAAGUAUCUCAGAACCAGCAAAUACCUCAACAUUCUGUUACUCCGAGGAGAGGAAGGAGAAAGAAAGAAGUUAAUCAAGACAUACUAGAAAAUACCAGUUCUGUGGAACAAGAAUUACAGAUUGCUACAGGUAGGGAAUCAAAAAUAUUAAAACCAUCUCAGCUCUUGGAACCAGCAGUUGAGGAAAUGUUUAAAAAAGAAGUUAAGCUUUCAUCGAUUACAAAAAGGACUCCUAGAAGAAUUAAAAGAUCUUUAGAAAAUGAGGAAAGUGUUGAAAUUAUAAAUGAUCUGAAAGUUAGUAAAGUAGCAACUCCUAGCAGAACUAUCAGAAAAUUGAGAAGUGCUAAUUUAGAUGCUUCUGAAAAUACAGGAAAUAAGCAAGAUGAGAAAUCCAGUGGUGAGCAGCUGCCUACUCAUUGUGUUAGAAGGGUCAGAAGGAGAGAGGUUAAACCAUCAGAUGUGAGAGAAGACUCCAGCCUUGACUCAUCUCAGUUGACUCUGCAAGCAGAAUUUGAUAUGUCUGCCAUACCUAGGAAACGUGGUAGACAAAGAAAAAUAAAUCCAUCUGAAGAUGUAGGAGCUAAAGCUGUAAAGGAAGAGAGAAGUCCCAAGAAGAGAGAAGCUCCCGGCAUUAAAAGGCGAUCUACAAGAAAUACCCCAGCUAAAAAUGAAAAUACUGAUAUUGGAAAACCAGCUUUAGGAAAAUCCAUUUUAGUGCCAAAUGAGGAACUUUCAAUGGUGAUGAGCUCUAAGAAGAAGCUUACAAAAAGGACUGAAAAUCAAAGCCAAAAACGUUCAUUACACUCAGUAUCAGAAGAACGCAUCGAUGAAAUGACACACAAAGAAACAAAGGACCGAGAAGAAAGAUUGCUUGCCACAGCUUCCUCUACUAAAUCCUCCCGUAGCACCAGGACUAGAGCUAGCAAGGCCGUCUUGUUGCCUGAACCAAAAAGUGAACCUUUAUUUUCUCCGGUGUCAGAAGUUCCAAGGAAAGCAAAAGCUAAAAAAAUAGAGGUUCCUGCACAGCUAAAAGAAUUAGUUACGGAUUUAUCUUCUCCUUUUGUUAUCUCACCUCCUGCUUUAAGGAGCAGACAAAAAAACACGUCCAGUAAGAAAAAGCUUGAAGAUGAACUGGAAGAUGAUGCACAACCAGUAGAAACUGUGGGAAAGCCAAAAGCCAGACGAAUCAAGACUUCAAAAACAAAACAAGCAAGCAAAAACACAGAAAAAGAAAGUGCUUGGUCACCUCCUCCCGUAGAAAUUAAGCUGAUUUCUCCCUUGGCAAGCCCAGUCGAUGGGGUCAAAAGCAAACCAAGAAAAGCUGCGGAAGUGACGGGGAAAGGUCUUGGGAGGAACAGAAAGAAACUGUCUUCCUUUCCAAAGCAGAUUUUACGCAGAAAAAUGCUGUAAUUUCUUGGCAAGUUUUUAAUGUACACCUAUUUGUAAAGUCAUCAGGAUAUUGUGGAUUACUAAAUAUCUAGUUUGGAAGAAAAUAAUUUAUAUAAAUUAUUGUAAAUUUUUAUGUAAACAUAAGGUCUUCAAUAAGUAAAGUAACUCCAUAUGGAGUGAUUGUUUUAGUACAGGCAGUUUUUCUAUUUUAUAUUAAGACUUCAUACAUUUAUAUAAUAUGUAAAUAUGGAUUAUUGGAAUGUUAAAUAAAGUAUAUACUUCACAGUAGUUUGUGUCUAUUAGAUUUUUGAAAGGGAGGGGCAUCUGUUUCAAUAAUUUUAUAUGCUCAUUGGUCUCAUUUUCUCUGUAAUUAAAAUAUUAGACCAGUCUUAAAAUGGGGAUGAUCGAACUAUUGAAACUUCUUUUUACAGUUACUAUUUUAUAAUUUAUGCACUUUGAUUCUGUGAUUAAGAUUUCUAAUCAUAAAAUGUAUUUUAUUGUUUUGGGCUGUUACUGUGUUAAAAUUGAACUAUGGGCAUGUAAUUUUGCCAUCUUUGUAGUUUCACAAAUUUUGCGUAACCUACCUCAAAUGGAUAAUCCAAGUAAUGCAUUGGUUAGCUAUACCGGUGGCAUCUCUUAUUUCAGCAAGCUUAAAGGCUCUUUAUCUUUAAAGUCUUAAUUAUUCAAAGACUAAUCCAGGUUAGAUUGACCGGUUCACUGCUCACUUGCACCUUAUCAAAGGAUUUGACAAAGGAAAAUGUAAAAUAAAUUUAUGGAUAUUCAGUGCAUCUUGUGUGUGCCUAAUAUUGAUAGGAUGAAACGUCUGAACAAAUUUUUAUAAUAUUGCUGUGAAGGAGCUUGUUACCGAACCACAGAAAUCCCUUAAUAUUCAGGUUUUAGAACGGGCAGAUUCUCACAGGACCUCAGGCACAGAUUAUUGAGGUUGGGGAGAGUGUGAGUAGAUGUAGAAAAGGAAAAGCAAAAAACAAACACCCUGUUCUCUGCAGUACACCUGUGCAGUUAAGCAGUGAUACUCGAUGUAGGCUCUAAAAUUCAUCAAUAAACAAGUGUGGUAAAAUAAUUUAUAACAGGUAAUUGAUAGUGUGUAAUGAACGGUCUAUUAAUAAUUGAUCAUCUAGAAAUGAACUGCUUUUGUUGGCUAAGCUUUUAAUGUUUUAAUGUGAAGCAUAAGCAGUGUGCUUUCUGCAUUAUUUUUCUACCAAAUCACAAUAUGGAUAAUGAGAAAUGGAUGAAAAUGCCUACGCCAAGUACUGACAGUGUGAAAGUCGCCGUGCGAGUACGGCCUUUUAGUCAGGCUAGUGGUGGGUGUUACACUGCCUCGUCGAGAAAUUUACUGACUUUAUCACUACUUUAGUGACAGUUAUCAAACCUGUAUUUAAGCUGCUUGUCAUUUAUGGAAUAUUGAACUUAAAUGAACUUGUUAAAUGAAUAAAGAUCUAAACAAUUCAGUAAAUAAUUUCAUUCCUUUUGUGCAAGUAGCACAAUGAAAAAAUGGGCGAAAUGUAUGUCAAGUAAUAGUUUUUUAAACCAAUGCAAUUUGGUGAAUAUAGUUGUGUGGUACCUGUUUUUAAUGGAUGUACUUUUUUCCCCUCUGUGAAUGUACAUCAUAAGCAAAAAAAUUGCCUGUUCUAAAUGAACUUUAUAUAUUUUAAAUGAAUGUAUGUACUUAUGUAUAAAUGUCUAUAUAGCUUGAAUAAAAACACUGCUCCUUAAAA